AACUAAGCAUUUACGAAUUGCCGCUGAUAAUUCGUUUGCAAAAAGUAAGACUAAGAGGGUCCUCCCUAAUUUUUUUCUAGUAAAUCAUUCCUUCUCUACUUCGUUUGGGCUAGCCGCAACCAAGCAAAAGGCCCAUUGCCCCUUUCAAUGUACAGAACCCAACAAGCUCCGAACUUGCCGGACAAGUCUCCACUCCACAGUCUUUUGUUUCGCCCUUUUAACUCCUUUCAAAAAAUUUUCCUUUCCCUCCACAAUCAUUCUUUUUCCUUUCUCUUCCUUCCAUUUCCUUUCCCUGUUAGCCUUCUCUUUCUCCAGGCUUUGGGCUCUAAUAGAUCCUUGCGUUGUAUAGUCAGCGAUAAAAUGGAGCAACAGAGAAAGCAGAAGAUGGUUCAACAACAACAAGACGAGGAGCUUGAGGAGAUGCAGCAUGGCCCGUUCCCUGUAGAGCAACUUCAGGCAUCGGGCAUUGCGUCCCUGGACGUAAAGAAGCUUAAGGAUGCAGGUCUUUGCACGGUUGAAUCUGUUGCUUACACCCCAAGGAAAGAUCUUCUUCAGAUCAAAGGAAUCAGUGAAGCUAAAGUUGACAAGAUUGUGGAAGCAGCUUCCAAACUGGUCCCAUUGGGUUUCACCAGUGCUAGCCAGCUCCAUGCUCAGCGGCUGGAGAUAAUUCAGAUAACAUCUGGGUCAAGUGAACUUGAUAAAAUUUUGGAAGGUGGUAUUGAGACAGGAUCCAUUACCGAGAUAUAUGGUGAGUUCCGUUCUGGAAAGACUCAGCUUUGUCACACAUUGUGUGUCACAUGCCAACUUCCAUUAGAUCAAGGUGGCGGUGAGGGAAAAGCAAUGUACAUAGAUGCUGAAGGCACAUUCAGACCACAAAGACUCUUACAAAUAGCGGAGAGGUUUGGACUGAAUGGUGCUGAUGUCUUGGAGAAUGUGGCCUAUGCUAGAGCAUAUAACACUGACCAUCAGUCGAGGCUUUUGCUUGAAGCAGCUUCAAUGAUGGUGGAAACAAGGUUUGCACUUAUGAUAGUAGAUAGUGCUACUGCUCUCUACAGAACAGAUUUUACUGGUAGGGGUGAACUUUCUGCCCGACAAAUGCAUCUUGCAAAAUUCCUCAGGAGCCUUCAGAAGUUGGCAGAUGAGUUUGGUGUCGCUGUCGUAAUUACAAACCAAGUAGUUGCCCAAGUGGAUGGUUCAGCAAUCUUUGCUGGACCUCAAAUUAAGCCUAUUGGCGGUAACAUCAUGGCUCAUGCUUCCACAACAAGACUGGCUCUCCGAAAGGGAAGAGGGGAGGAGCGCAUUUGUAAAGUAAUAAGUUCUCCUUGCUUGGCUGAGGCUGAAGCUCGAUUUCAGAUUUCUCCAGGAGGUGUUGCUGAUGUCAAGGACUGACCUGUUUCUGCUCAUUGUUUCCCAAACAAAACCCGAUCAAGCUCCUUUUAUUGAUCAAUAUGUUUCUGUAGCUGACUGCUUCUGCGGCUACCACAAAUCUGUAAUUUUUUUGUCUGCAAUGAAGCUUGCCAAAUUUCUUGUUCUCCAUUUUGCAAGGAUUAAAUUUCUUUUAAUGGAGAACCAAAACAAGUUAUUUAUGUUUGAGCUCUUGCUCCUAUCAGUAGUGUCCUUA